AUGGCAUCUGUUAAUGUCACUUCUGUCACUGAAUUCAUUCUCAAAGGAAUUACUGACAGGCCAGAGCUCCAGGCCCCGUGUUUUGUGAUAUUUUUACUCAUCUAUUUGGUCACAGUUCUGGGGAACAUUGGAUUGAUUAUCUUAAUCAGGAUUGACACUCGACUCCACACACCUAUGUACUUUUUCCUCAGCCACCUGGCAUUUGUAGACCUCUGUUACUCUUCUGCCAUCACCCCGAAGAUGAUGGUGAACUUUGUGGUGGAACAUAACACUAUUCCUUUCCAAGCUUGUGCAACACAACUGGGCUGCUUUCUUACCUUCAUGAUCACGGAAUGUUUCCUUUUGGCCUCCAUGGCAUAUGAUCGCUAUGUAGCCAUCUGUAAUCCCCUGCAUUAUUCAGUACUGAUGUCAAAAAGAGUCUGCAUUCAAUUAGUUGCAGUUCCAUAUAUAUACAGUUUUCUGGUUGCCCUUUUCCACACCAUCAUCACCUUCCGUCUAACUUACUGUGGCCCCAAUGUAAUUAACCAUUUCUAUUGUGAUGACCUUCCCCUCUUAGCUCUGUCCUGUUCAGACACACACAGGAAGGAAAUUCUGAUCUUUGCUUUUGCUGGCUUUGAUAUGAUCUGCUCCUCUUUGAUUGUACUCAUUUCCUACAUCUUUAUCAUUGCCGCCAUCCUGAAGAUACGCUCCACACAAGGACGGUACAAGGCCAUCUCCACCUGUGGCUCCCAUAUGGUGGCUGUCACUAUUUUCUAUGGCACACUAAUCUUUAUGUACCUACAGCCUAAAUCUAACCACUCCUUGGACACAGACAAAAUGGCUUCUGUAUUUUACACUGUGGUUAUCCCCAUGUUGAACCCUCUCAUCUAUAGUCUCAGGAACAAAGAGGUAAAAGAAGCCUCAAAGAAAACCUUGGAUAAAGGUUGUAAAGCUUUAAAGAUGUUGCAUUUAAGAAAAUAA